UUAUAUAGCCAAGUCGGUUGCCAUGGUUACGGCAAGUCAAAACACCACCACGUCAUGGCCGGUCGAGGCGAACCUGCGUGUGUGCGCACAGCGUAACUCUUCUUUUCUCUUCACUUUCCGUCGCCGGCGUGGCCCAGCAAGUUGUUUCCGAGAUGUCAGCGGCUCCCGUUCAGAGAGUAAUAUUUGGCAGCACUCAGGAGAGGAGAAUGUUUCCUCUCUAUUACGCACCAGACCGGCUGGGAAACAAAAUGUCAAGAGAGGAGGCGCCACAUCUCGGCCCUGGCUGCUAUGACAACCAAGAGUUUGGCUCCAUACAAACUGAGUGUCACAGGAAACCAGAGAGUAAGAAAGGAUAUGGUCUCUCUGCGAGGACUGCAGCACGGUUCCCCCCCUGUGGCAAGAAGGCGACCCCUUCCCCUCAGCAAUACCAGCAGGAUCAAAGCCAGUCCAGAGUUCCCCCUCCCAGCAAAACACCAUUCAACUCUAUCCAACCGAGGCUCCAAAGCACGUCCUGUACAGCCGAGCACAGUCCAGGCCCUGGGACCUACACUCUUGACGCAGUGACAAACAGGAAAGUGAGCUGGCCGAUGUGCUUUGGGAACCCAGACUGGUCCAAACUGCCUCAGCUGCAGAAGAAGUCACUCAGGGUGAAGCUGAACAGUGAGAAGGAGUUCCUGAAGCACAGGAGCAGAGUGGCCUACCUGAGUUUGUAUUAUUAACUCUAAAACUGAUGGAUGAAAACCACUCAUGACACUGAUAUCAGAUGGUGUAUUAUAUUUUCCUUUUUACAAUCAACACAUUUUACUGGACUGAAACUGUCAACAAAAGUUCUCUCAGUUUAAAAAAGAAAAAAAGAAACUUAUAUUUCUUUAUUCACAAAAUGACAGGAUUCCUGUGUGGUUUGCAUGUUAAACGAUGACAUUACAAAGUGACAUUACACAAAUUUUAAAGAAAAUGAGUGCUUGCUGAAAAAGGGGACACACAACAAAAACAGUUAUCUUCAAUAGAAGUCAGUGUACAAAAAAAAAAAAAAA